UGUACUAGCGGUCGUUCGGCGGAGGCGGCUAGGGUCUCAACCCUUCCGUUUCAGCUUUCCAGCUUUUCUGUAGCUCCGGAGCGGCUCCAGCCUUAGCAAUGCCGCCGGCCCUGGGUUCCGGCUUCCCGGGUUGGCCGCUGUGGCCGCUGGGGCUGCUGUUACCGCUGAGCCGGGCGCUGCAGCGGCUUCUCCUGGGGCCUACAUCUGCCCCGCCAGCUCAUACUCGGAGCCCCCUUCGGGGGUUAUAUAACCAGGCUCCUAGUCAAGCUGGCGAAGCUCAGCACAUCACUGGGGCUGGGGACAGAGGAAAGCCCCCAAAUAGCACCUCCAUAGCUUCCAAAGAUGCAGGAGGGGAGUGCUUCGUGUAAGGACAGUCAGGCCUUGGGGGUACGAGCCCCCUUUUCUGCUUUUCGGGAUCUUUGGCAUUUGCGCAAAGUUACUCAGAUUGCAAUGCUGGGGUGCAGUGGGCGCGCGACUCUUGCACCUGUUCGUGGUGGGCCCAGAGUAAGAGGAGACCCCCAAUGUCCUCUAAGUAAUGUCCCGGGUUCUCUGGUUGGGUCCCCGCAGCGUGCGAUUGACCGCCAGAGAUACGACGAGAACGAGGACUUGUCGGACGUGGAAGAAAUUGUCAGCGUCCGUGGUUUCAGCCUGGAGGAGAAGCUACGUAGCCAGCUGUACCAGGGGGACUUCGUGCAUGCCAUGGAGGGCAAAGAUUUCAACUAUGAAUACGUACAGAGAGAAGCUCUCAGAGUUCCCCUGGUUUUCCGAGACAAGGAUGGACUGGGAAUCAAGAUGCCAGAUCCUGAUUUCACAGUCCGGGAUGUCAAACUCCUGGUGGGGAGUCGCCGGUUGGUGGACGUGAUGGACGUGAACACCCAGAAGGGCACCGAGAUGAGCAUGUCCCAGUUCGUGCGUUACUACGAGACACCAGAGGCACAGCGGGACAAACUGUACAACGUCAUCAGCCUCGAGUUCAGCCAUACAAAGCUGGAGCAUCUGGUCAAGCGCCCCACUGUGGUGGACCUCGUGGACUGGGUGGACAACAUGUGGCCCCAGCACCUAAAAGAAAAGCAGACCGAAGCCACAAAUGCCCUUGCAGAGAUGAAGUACCCCAAAGUGAAGAAGUACUGUCUGAUGAGCGUGAAGGGUUGUUUCACUGACUUCCACAUUGACUUUGGAGGCACCUCCGUGUGGUACCAUGUUUUCCGUGGUGGAAAGAUAUUUUGGCUGAUCCCCCCAACCCUGCACAACUUGGCGCUGUAUGAGGAGUGGGUGCUGUCGGGCAAACAGAGUGAUAUCUUUCUGGGUGACCGUGUGGAGCGAUGCCAAAGAAUUGAGCUGAAGCAAGGCUACACAUUUUUCAUCCCUUCUGGUUGGAUCCAUGCUGUGUACACUCCUGUGGACUCUCUGGUGUUCGGCGGGAACAUCCUGCACAGUUUCAACGUGCCCAUGCAGCUGCGGAUCUAUGAGAUUGAGGACAGAACCCGGGUUCAGCCCAAGUUCCGUUACCCCUUCUACUAUGAGAUGUGCUGGUAUGUCUUGGAGAGAUACGUGUACUGUGUGACCCAGCGCUCCUACCUCACUCAGGAGUACCAGAGAGAAUUAAUGCUUAUUGAUGCCCCACGAAAAACCAGUGUAGACGGCUUUUCAUCCGAUUCGUGGCUGGAGAUGGAGGAGGAGUCCUGUGAGCAGCAGCCCCAGGAGGAAGAAGAGGAGGAGGAAAAGGAAGAGGAGGAAGGGCGUGGUACAGAUGAAACAGCCAAGGCACCCACCGAUGGCUCCACCUCGCCCACCAGCAACCCCUCAGAGGAACAGGACAGCACGGGGAAGAAGCCCAAAGCCCCUGCCAUGCGCUUCCUCAAGAGGACUCUGUCCAAUGAGUCAGAGGAAAGUGUCAAGUCUACCACAACGCCCAUAGAGUACCCCAAGACUCCCACGGGCUCCCCUGCCACGGAGGUCUCUGCUAAGUGGACUCACCUCACCGAAUUUGAGCUGAAGGGGCUGAAAGCCCUGGUUGAAAAGCUAGAGUCUCUUCCAGAGAAUAAGAAGUGUGUCCCUGAGGGCAUCGAGGACCCCCAGGCCCUUCUGGAAGGUGUAAAGAAUGUCCUGAAGGAACACGUGGAUGAUGAUGCCAGCCUGGCCAUCACCGGGGUCCCUGUGGUCAGUUGGCCAAAGAAGACUCCAAAGAACCGGGUGGUGGGUCGGCCUAAGGGCAAGUUGGGCCCGACCUCAGCGGUAAAGUUGGCUGCCAACCGAACAACAGCAGGAGCUCGCAGGCGCCGGACGCGAUGCCGCAAGUGCGAGGCCUGCCUGCGGACGGAGUGCGGAGAGUGCCACUUUUGCAAGGACAUGAAGAAGUUUGGAGGCCCCGGGCGCAUGAAGCAGAGCUGCAUCAUGCGGCAGUGCAUUGCGCCAGUGCUGCCCCACACCGCCGUGUGCCUUGUGUGUGGCGAGGCAGGGAAGGAGGACACAGUGGAAGAGGAAGAAGGCAAGUUUAACCUCAUGCUCAUGGAGUGCUCCAUCUGCAACGAGAUCAUCCACCCUGGAUGUCUUAAGAUUAAGGAAUCAGAGGGUGUGGUCAACGACGAGCUUCCCAACUGCUGGGAGUGUCCGAAGUGUAACCAUGCCGGCAAGACCGGGAAACAAAAGCGUGGCCCUGGCUUUAAGUAUGCCUCCAACCUGCCCGGCUCCUUGCUCAAGGAGCAGAAGAUGAACCGGGACAACAAGGAAGGGCAGGAGCCAGCCAAGCGGAGGAGUGAGUGUGAAGAGGCUCCCCGACGCAGGUCAGACGAACACCCCAAGAAGGUGCCCACAGAUGGCAUCCUACGCCGAAAGUCUGAUGAUGUGCACUUGAGGAGGAAGCGGAAAUAUGAGAAGCCCCAAGAGCUGAGUGGACGCAAGCGAGCCUCGACGCUUCAAACGUCCCCCGGUUCUUCCUCUCACCUCUCGCCGAGGCCCCCUCUAGGCAGCAGUCUCAGCCCUUGGUGGAGAUCCAGUCUCACUUACUUCCAGCAGCAGCUAAAACCUGGCAAAGAAGAUAAGCUUUUCAGGAAAAAGCGGCGGUCCUGGAAGAACGCGGAGGAUCGGCUAGCACUGGCCAACAAGCCCCUUCGACGUUUCAAGCAGGAACCAGAGGACGAUUUGCCUGAGGCGCCUCCUAAGACCCGGGAGAGUGACCAGUCACGUUCCAGCUCACCCACUGCUGGGCCCAGCACUGAGGGGGCUGAAGGCCCAGAAGAAAAGAAAAAGGUGAAAAUGCGUCGAAAACGGCGCCUCCCCAACAAAGAGUUGAGCAAAGAGCUAAGCAAGGAGCUCAACCACGAGAUCCAAAAAACAGAGAGUACCUUGGCCCACGAGAACCAUCAGCCCAUCAAGUCAGAGCCAGAGAGUGAGAACGAGGAGCCAAAGAGGCCCCUAAGCCACUGCGAGCGCCCCCACCGCUUCAGCAAAGGGCUCAACGGCACUCCUCGGGAGCUUCGCCACCCACUGGGACCUGGCCUGCGCAGCCCACCUCGUGUUAUCUCCCGGCCCCCAUCCUCUGCGUCCCCACCCAAGUGCAUCCAGAUGGAGCGUCAUGUGAUCCGGCCGCCACCCAUCAGCCCCCCACCUGACUCACUGCCCCUGGAUGAUGGAGCAGCUCAUGUCAUGCAUAGGGAGGUUUGGAUGGCAGUCUUCAGCUACCUCAGCCACCAAGACCUGUGUGUCUGCAUGCGGGUCUGCAGGACCUGGAACCGCUGGUGCUGCGAUAAGCGGUUGUGGACCCGCAUCGACCUGAACCACUGCAAGUCCAUUACACCCCUGAUGCUGAGUGGCAUCAUCCGGCGACAGCCUGUCUCCCUUGACCUCAGCUGGACCAAUAUCUCCAAGAAGCAGCUGAGUUGGCUCAUCAACCGGUUGCCUGGGCUCCGAGACUUGGUGCUGUCCGGCUGCUCAUGGAUCGCUGUCUCAGCCCUCUGUAGCUCCAGUUGUCCAUUGCUCCGGACCCUGGAUGUCCAGUGGGUAGAAGGACUAAAGGAUGCCCAGAUGCGGGAUCUCCUGUCCCCACCCACAGACAAUAGGCCAGGUCAGAUGGACAAUCGGAGCAAACUCCGGAACAUUGUCGAACUGCGCCUAGCUGGCCUGGACAUCACAGAUGCCUCCCUGCGGCUCAUUAUCCGCCACAUGCCCCUGCUCUCCAAGCUCCACCUCAGUUACUGUAACCACGUCACUGAUCAGUCCAUUAACCUGCUCACUGCAGUCGGCACCACCACCCGAGACUCUCUGACAGAGAUCACCCUAUCAGACUGCAAUAAGGUCACUGACCAGUGCCUGUCCUUCUUCAAACGCUGUGGAAAUAUCUGUCAUAUCGACCUGAGGUACUGCAAGCAAGUCACCAAGGAAGGCUGUGAGCAGUUCAUAGCCGAAAUGUCUGUGAGUGUCCAAUUUGGGCAAGUGGAAGAAAAACUUCUGCAAAAACUAAGUUAGUUCCAGGACAAGUAUGUAAAUAUGAAGGGGAGGG